AUGGCCCCCCGCCCUUCCUUGGCAGUCAACAGCAACAUCACCACAGCCACCGCCGACCCAUUAGUGGUGGGCAUUACGGCAACUCUGUGCUCGCCGCACCGGGCGCCACAACAGCGGCGGCGGCGGCGAAGUUGUUUCUUGAUAGUGAGAGCUCCAGCGACAGCGGGAGAUCCUCCUCGUCGUUUUCCUCUUACACAGGGGGAACCUUCGAGUGCAAGCACGUCUCCACUGCGGCACCAGCAGCGGCAUCGUCGUGAGGGGGGCGAAGCGGAUGGCGAUGGCGGGAAAAGGAAAACCUUGUCGCGUCACCGCCGUCGCAGCCGAAGCAGAAGCGGCAGCAACAACAAUAGUCGACGCCGAACGCACCGUCGUCACAACUCUCGCCGUCGCAGCCCUCGUCGCGAUGCGGCAUCAAAAAGAAGACGUGAAGAAGACCCCAGUGGGCGUCGAAAACGCGAACGGGACGACGACAAGGAGGCAAGACAUCAUGAGCGACGGUCGCACGGUAGCUACCAUCCAGCGGAUGAGGAGGAGAAUCGCCGCCGUCGUCGCCGUCAUGGGGAAUCGAGUCAUCAGAGGCCACGUUCGGACAGGGACAGGGACAGGGAGCGGGACGUAAAGGCUGAGCGAGGAUACGGCAGGGAGAGAACGUCAGCCGCCAACGCUGGUAGUGGCUCCAACGAGGCAUACAGAGGGCGAUAUGUUUUAAAGGAAGAGCGCGAGAAACGGCGUGUCAAGGGCGGUGAGGUUGGUGCCAACGGCCCAGGACCCACCGACCGGUACGAGGAUCGCAGGGAGGACGCCCGCCAACGUCGUCAGCGGGAUAUGGAUGGCCGGCGCAAGAGGUAA